AUGUUUGCUUCCCUCGGAAAACCGAGGAAUGAGAUUCCGUACGAAAAUCGUAAGAAUUUGCCAAUAAAUUUGAAAGGAUAUUAUGUUCAUAGACUUCUUGUAAAUGCCGUAGCAAUGUGGGCUUCACCUCGUUAUGCUUGUUAUAUUUUCAUGAUGUUAGAUGAAAUUCAUAGACAAGAACGUGAAGAGAUGGAAAAGAAACUUCAAGCAAAAGAUGAAGUCAUUGAAUCCAAAGACAAAAGCAUUCAGAAAAGAAUACCACGUUCGGUACCAAAAGGAAAGGAAAAGAACUAUAAGUAUAUGAUUUAUACUGAAGAGAUGGAAAAUGAAGAAGAUAAAGAUAUGGUUAUGUUGCAUUUAGUCAGAAGAAACAACAAAAGCUUUUACGACCUUGCUAAGAUUUACAAAUCUGACAGAAAUUGGUUCUAUCGCGAAAACUUACCGAUUUCAAUGACACCGAAUGAAGAUGUGAAACAAAUAGUUCAAGAUACGUUACCUCAAACACACUAUGAUAUUAAAGGUUGUACAAUUCUUACCUUCAAAGAAGAUUUGCCAUUGUUAAAGGAAAAAAUAACAGAGUAUUUUGACAACUUCAAACAAGUAGGGUAG